AUGCCUAUACCAUUCUAUAGACCCUCUGAAGCGCCCGAAGCGGUCUUCGAGGGUCAAAUGAUCCCCGUUGCAAAAGCCAACAUCGUAUCCAGCUUCCUGUACACGUGGAUCACACCCAUACUCAAAGUCGGUUAUUCUCGACCAUUACAAGUUGAAGAUCUAUGGUCUCUUAAUGAUGAAUUGACUAGUAAAACAAAUGCAGAGAGACUUCAAAAGCAUUUCAUGCGUCGAAUGCCGCCUUCCCGUCGAUUCGAGGUGCACGUCAAAACGAUAUCCGAGGUUCCGCCAGCUAGCAGAUCGGACAGUGCUUUGACUCGAUCCAUUGGCGAGAAAGUCGAUAGCCAUGAAGCUUCACAAGGUCAUCCGAAAUCCCCUUCCGAAACUGAUCCCGAAAAAAAGCAAAUUGAGCCGGGAUCAGAUCAGGAUGAGACACCUCGACUCAGACUGGGAGAGCCAAACCCCGAACAUAUCAAGCUAUACGGGAAGAAGAAAGCCAAAAAGAUUGCUUACGAUCAGCUCGCUAUCGAAGACGAUAAAGAGUAUGACAUGAGUCUGUGGCGAGCUAUCUACUUCUCGCUUUCGUCCCAAUAUUGGACUGCAGUGGUUCUGUCAAUUGCCGGACGCUCGAAGCAAUGUCUAAGUUUCUCCAUUGGGGCAAGUGAGACAAUCGGUAUAAUUGGUAGGACAGGUGCGGGAAAAAGUAGUGUGGCGCAGGCAUUGUUUAGGAUUGUGGAGAUUGAUAAAGGUGAAAUUGAGGUUGAUGGAGUUGAUCUGAGAGAAUUGGGUUUGGAAACUUUGAGAUCGAGAUUGGCGAUUAUACCUCAAGAUGCAUUUUUGUUCGCUGGUACGAUCAGGCACAAUCUCGAUCCGACUAGUUCAAGGACCGACGCCGAGCUCAACGACGCCUUGAACCUCAUCCGUAAUCAUCCUAGAGUAUCGAUCACUCUGAAAGACAAAUUGAAACUUGAUUCGAGCGUUGCUGCUGAAGGAGCCAAUUUUAGUGCAGGUGAAAAACAACUGUUAUCACUUAUCAGAGUAUUAUCACGAAGAUGCAAGAUCCUCUUACUUGACGAAGCUACUUCUUCGGUCGAACCUGAGACGGACGCUUUGAUCCAGGGUAUAAUCCAAACUGAAUUUUCAGAUAUUACCUUACUCUCUAUCGCUCAUCGACUUCAGACUGUGGCGUAUUACGAUCGAAUUUUAGUUCUGGACAAAGGUCAAGUGAGGGAAUUUGAUACGCCUUUAACGCUAUUCGAUCAGAAAAAUUCCAUCUUCAGGGAUUUAUGCGAUAAGAAGCGCAUACGAAGAGAAGAACUACUAGAGAUUCAAGAAGAGGCCAAAUUGGCUAAACUCAUUAGCGAGUAG